AAAUUCUGGCGUUAUUAUGUUAUCUCCUUUAUCAAACCAUCAUCAUGUUAUUCAAAAUUCUGAAGACAGAUAUGCCUUUGAAAAUUCACCAAAUGAUUAUACUUUGAAAGAUCUUGAUAUGAUGAUAGAACCUGAUGAUAUAGAUCUUUCGUCCCCUCGUGCACUUGCAGUUAUUACCGAGCAAGUAGUCAUUAAUAUUGAUCUGCAACCAUCUCCCCAAACCAAGCAUUGUUUCAUUGAUUCGCUUGAUGAACCAGUUUCUAAAACUAUUCUUCGUGAUUUGAGAAAUAUUGCAAUUAAAUUGCGACAAGUUCUUCAUCCUAAAGGAAACCAUGAUGUUUUACGUGAUUGUAAAUAUAUUAGUUAA